ACCAUAUGGAAUGCACCUCUCUUCAAGAACAAGCAAAAACAGAUGUUUAGACAUUUUUACAAAUGUAUACAAACAGAAAUAGAAAUACCUUAUUUAAAUAAGUAUUCAGACCCUUUGCUAUGAGACUCGAAAUGUGCUCACGUGCAUAAUGUUUCCAUUGAUCAUUUUUAAAUGGUUGAAGUUUGGAACCACCGAGACUAGAGCUGGUCACCCGACCAAACUAAGCAAUCGUGGUAAAGGGCCUUGGUCAAGGAUUUGACCAAAAACCUGAUGGUCACUCUGACAGAGCUCCAGAGUUCCUCUGUGGAGAACCUUCCAGAAGGACAACCAUCUCUGCAGCACUCCACCAAUCAGGUUUUUAUAGUAGAGUGGCCACUCCUCAGUAAAAGGCACAAGACAGCUCACUUGAAGUUUGCCAAGGCACUUAAAAGGACUCAGACCAUGAGAAACAAGAUCCUCUGGCCUGAUGAAACCAAGAUGGAACUGGCCUAAAUGCAUAAAUGCCAUGCGUCACAUCUGGAGGAAACCUGGCACCAUCCCUACGGUGUAGCAUGGUGGUGGCAGCAUCAUGCUGUGGGGAUGUUUUUCAUCGGCAUGGAUUGGGAGACUAGUCAGGGUUGAGGGCAAGAUGAAUAGAGCAAAGUACAGAUAGAUCCUUGAUGAAAACCUGCUCCAGAGUGCUCAGGACCUCAGACUGGGGUGAAGGUUCACCUUCCAACAGGACAAUGACCCCAAGCACACAGUGACUUCGGGACAAGUCUCUGAAUGUCCUUGAGUGGCCUAGCCGGAGCCCGAACUUGAACCUGAUCGAACAUCUCUGGAGAGACCUGAAAAGAGCUACGCAGCGACGCUCCCCAUCCAACUAGACAGAGCUUGAGAGGAUCUGCAGAGAAGAAUGAGAGAAACUCCACAAAUGCAGGUGUGUCAAGCUGUUAGCAUAAUUUCCAAGAAGAAUCAAGGCUCUAGUCACUGCCAAAGGUUCUUCAACAAAGUACUGAGCAAAGGGUCUGAAUACUUGUGUAAAUGUGAUAUUUAACUUUUUAUGAAAACCAGUUUUUGCUUUGUUAUUAUGUGGUAUUGUGUGUAGAUUGAUGAGGGAAGAAACUAUUUCAUCCAUUUUGAAAUAAGGCUAUAAUGUAGCAAAACGGGUCAAAAAUCAAGGGUUCUGUAUACUUUCCGAAUGCACUGUACACCAAAUUGACCCAAACCCAGCCUCAUUAAUAACAGUGUCAUUAAUAACAUUAAUAAUAAUUCUUAGUUUUAUUGGUUAAUUUGUGAUUAUUGCAUUUAUGAUAGAUGAGGUAAAUAUUAUACUGUUACAAUAUUACAUAACCUUUUAAAGUAAAUAAGAGUAAAAGUAGGUAUGGGUGUAUAAGCAGUCGCACAUGAUUUAUUUUUAUUCCAAUUCCUCAGCUCUACCUUUUAAAGGCAAACAAAUAUCUAUUUACGAAUUAGUAUUGUUGACAAUUUUUCCAGCACGUUCUUUGAACUCUGUGCUUGACUGAACGGCUGUUUAGAAAAGGUGCCCCCCAUUGUGCAUUUAAAUCUUUGUCCCACUGUACAUUGAACGCCUUUGUUCACAUACAGUACAAUGAGUGUUUCAGAUGGAGUUAGGGAAUAUGUGUGGUCAGCCCAUUCUCUCCUCAUCCAGCUCAAUAGACUCCAUAACGUCCAACGACCAGCUCCCACUUCAAAGAUAGUUAUGCAGAUUGCUUGCUUUGGCAUUUUUCCAGAUUUGGAUCGGAAAGAAAUACAUUUUCCCAAGGUUAAGAAAUGGGAGACUGGUCCAUUCUUGGUCGCUUCUUAACGGAGGUUCAGAACCACUCCACGGUGAUCGGCAAGAUCUGGCUGACCAUGCUCCUCAUCUUCCGCAUCCUGCUGGUGACCCUGGUGGGGGAUGCAGUGUACAGCGAUGAGCAGUCCAAGUUCACCUGCAACACCCUGCAGCCUGGUUGCAACAACGUCUGCUACGACACCUUCGCCCCAGUCUCACACCUGCGUUUCUGGGUCUUCCAGAUAGUGCUCGUCUCCACACCGUCUAUCUUCUACAUUGUCUAUGUGUUGCACAAGAUAGCCAAGGAUGAGAAGUUAGAGCCUGAGAAGAUCCAUGAGGUCGCCAAGCCUCCUCCUGCACGUGAAAGUCUCAAACAUGUAGGGGUGGAGGAUGGGGAAACCCUGGAGGCCAGCAACCGCUCCUUCAACCCCUGCUAUGAGAAGGAGUGGGGCGCCCGGGAGGGGGGGUAUUUGGAGCAGAGCCUGCUGGAGGAGGACUUGCGGGAGGUGGGGAAGGAUCCCACCGAGCUGUCCAGCCAAGUGCUGCUGACCUACAUCAUUCACGUGGUGCUGCGCUCCAUCAUGGAGAUAGCCUUCCUGGUGGGCCAGUACUACCUGUUUGGCUUUGAAGUGCCUCAACUGUUCCGCUGUGAGACCUACCCCUGUCCUAACUGGACUGACUGUUUUGUGUCUCGUGCCACAGAGAAGACCAUCUUCCUCAACUUCAUGUUCAGCAUCAGCCUGGGAUGCUUCAUCCUGAACAUUGUGGAGCUGCACUACCUGGGCUGGGUCUAUAUUUUCCGUGUGCUGUGCUCUGCCUGCUCUACAUGCUGCGAGCCAGAGAGGGACCCUGUGGAACUUGUGGACCUGUAUCACAACCACAACCCUCUGCUGCUGCAGCUCAAACACUCCCUACGAGGCAGGGUGGUCCUGCAGACCUCCCCUCCCAUGUCCCAGGAGAAGAGCAGUGGAGUGUUGCCCACCCACACCCCAGCCAUCUCCUUUGAGACUGACUCCACAGUAGAGUGCACCUCCAAGAGAAGCCCAGAUGAGAAAGAACGCACUAAGGCCAAACUGGCCAACAUAACUAAAAUAGGCAGAGGCAAGAAAUCCUGGCUGUGAACUGUCAAACUGUGUAUUUUUUCUUUCCGUUGAAUAUUCUUCUUUUGCUUCUUCCAAUCAACUGAAGAUGGAUUACAGUUGUUUACAGUAAGACUGCAAAAGUAAUAGUCCUUUGAGUCUUUUGCAGUGAAUCUUUAGAAAUUCCAUAGGAGUACCCAUAGCCAGCAAAAGCAUUGAAAACUGGAUGUGCUCACAUUUCUGUGUACAUGGGUAGAAAUGAUCAACUUUAAUAUGUAACCACUUUGGUGCCGUUUGAGUAUUGAAAAAAAAUAGGAAGUUUUAUUUCACCUAAUUUUAACAUUCUAUCAUAAAGAGCACAUGUACAGCCUAAUGAAAAACCCAUUUGCCCAUUUCAGUAGGUUACAUAAAACAAACGACUAUAGUAUGUGCCUAAUAAGUGCCAAAUAAAGUAACAAGGUUGACCGUAACAGGGUGGUGAUUUAAUCUUAAAUCAGCAAUAAAUCCCCCUGUGACAGGGGGAAUGGAAGCUUGUUGUGUGCAACAGGGAGGGGCAAUUGAAUGCAAGCUUCACCAAAAAUGUUUAAUUGUUAAAUAAUUUCUGGCCUAUCUAGGGGUAAUAGGAUUGAUGUGUUAUGCUGGACCUGCUUGAUUUUCCACCACAAAACACCAGAAAAUGGUCAUAAAGAGUAGAACUGGCAUAUACACAAUGAUUUGACUAUGAGAUCAUGUUCAGUGUCUCUUUUGAAUAGUUUAACCAUACUCAAACAGUCCAGUUGAGAUAACAGGGUUGACCUAAAAAAAUAUAAUCUUAAAAUGAAUCACUAAUGACAUAAAAUAAAUAAUACUCUUCAGAAAUGACUUUUCCAACAUAACCAAGGCUUUAUAAUGAUGGUGAAAACUUGGAGAAAUGUUGUGGUUAAGUGGGUUAAAAAUCUUUAAAAUCUUCCUAAAAGUCACAGAGGAUGCACAGAGGCACUUUAGUAAGUUGAAUUCAUAUACAAAAUCUGAUUGAUUUAAUUUUCCAUGUGGUCUAUAUUACAGGGCACUUUAUUAAAUAUAACAGGCUUUUAUUUGUGCAAAACCUUUACUUAGAAUGUCAAAGUGAUGCAGAAAGCACUAAUAUUGUCGAACAACCCAACUAUUCAUAUCACAUCUGUAAUUUAACCAAUGAAAUGGUUUCAAAAGGAAAUUAUACUUGCCACAAUUUCAACAAAUAUAAUAUACAUUUAAAUACAAAAUAAAAACUUAAAAAAAAAAAACAAUUUAUCAAGUUAUUAUUACAAAAGUGGUUUGUUGGCAGUUUUUGUCAUAAAAUGUUCUUCUUAGUUACACUACCAGUUUUACCUCAUGCUAAUAUCUAGAAAAUCUAAGAGAAGAUGGCCCCUUUCUCUUGAUUAGAAGAUUACUUUAGUAACUUUAACAAGGUAUCUUGAGAGCAGGUGAGUGAGAGAAUACCAGGAGUGUGCAAAGCUGUCAUCAAGGCAAAGUGUGGCUAUUUGAAGAAUGUGUUAUUUCAACGUUUUGAUGUCUUCACUAUUAUUCUACAAUGUAGAAAAUAGUAAAAAGAAAGAAAACCCCUUGAAUGAGUAGGUGUGUCCAAACUUUUGACUGGUACUGUAUAUAAAAACAUUUUCCUUAAAGUAUAUUUUUAAGGGGGGUAUACAGAAUAUUUGGUAAAAGUUUAAGUCCAUAUUAUGGCAAGAACAGCUCAAAUAAGAAAAUAAAAACAAUGCAUCAUUAUUUUAAGAUCAGGUCAGUCAAGAUGGAACAUUUCAAGAACUUUGAAAGUUUCUUCAAAUUCAGUCGCAAAAACCAUCAAGCGCUAUGAUGAAACUGGCAAUCACGGGGACCGCCACAAGAAUGGAAGACCCAGAGUUACCUCUGCUGCAGAGGAUAAGUUAAUUUGAGUAACCAGCCUCAGAAAUUGCAGCCCAAAUAAAUGCUUCACAGUGUUCAAGUAACAGACACAUCCCAACAUCAACUGUUCAGAGGAGACUGCAUGAAUCAGGUCUUCACGGUCGAAUUGCUGCAAAGAAACCACUACUAAAGGACACCAAUAAGAAGAGACUUGUUGGGGCAGAAACAUGAGCAAUGGACAGAAACAUGAGCAAUGGACAUUAGACCGGUGGAAAUUUGUCCUUUGGUCUGGAGUCUAUUCUGGAGUCCAAAUUGGAUAUUUUGGUUCCAACCGCCGUGUUUUGUGAGACGUUGUGUGGGUGAACGGAUGAUCUCUGCAUGUGUAUUUCCCACCGUAAAGCAUGAAGGAGGAGGUGUUAUGAUGUGGGCUGCUUUGCUGGUGACACUGUCUCUGAUUUAUUUAGAAUUCAAGGCACACUUAACCAGCAUGGCUACCACAGCAUUCUGCAGUGAUACACCAUCCCAUCUGGUUUGCGCUUAGUGGGACUAUCAUUUAUUUUCCAACAGGACAAUGACCCAUCACACCUCCAGGCUGUGUAAGGGCUAUUUUACCAAGAAGGAGAGUGAUGGAGUGCUGCAUCAGAUGACUUGGCCUCCACAAUCACCCAACCUCAACUAAAUGGAGAUAGUUUGGGAAAGAGUUCGACCGCAGAGUGAAGGAAAAGCAGCCAACAAGUGCUCAGCAUAUGUGGGUACUCCUUCAAGGCUGUCGGAAAAGCAUUCCAGGUGAAGCUGGUUGAGAGAAUGCCAAGAGUGUGCAAAGCUGUCAUCAAGGCAAAGGGUGGCUAUUUGAAGAAUCUCAAAUAUGACAUAUAUUUAGAUUUGUUUAACACUUCUUUGGUUACUACAUGACUCCAUAUGUGUUAUUUCAUAGUUUUGAUGUCUUCAUUAUUAUUCUACAAUGUAGAAAAUAGUAAAAAAUAAGAAAAACCCUUGAAUGAGUAGGUGUUCUAGAUUUUUGGACUGAUAGUGUAUAUGACUUGUUAUACCUGUACUGUACCUGUAACCCCCCUUCUGAAAAAAUGAAAUAAAAAGUUGGUCACAAAAAAAUAAAUAAAUGCCUUGUAGAACUGGGAGCUCAUUUCAUAAUCAAACACUGGUUUGGUAAAUUUGAUCUCCAGGAUUUCUUUUGUCAUACAUUUUUUUGGGGUGUCAUGAAGAUGUUCUGUUUGGUGUUAAUUGAUGUCAUUGACUUUUAAAUACUGUGUACCAGGCAUCUUUCAUCCCUGCCAUUAAUCAAUGCUGUAUAAAAUCGCUACUGAGCUGAUUUGAGCUGUUUUUUGCUUAUCUUACUGACUUUCACAACAGAUUCAGCCCUACUGACUGAGCUGAAACAAUGCAAUGUUAUCAUGAUUGAGUAGAUUAUUGAAUAAAAUAAU